UUUUAUUAAAAAUUAUUUAAAAUUUGGGGUUGUGAAGGAGAAUUGGUGGGAUGAUUAACAUUUCAUAAGAAAACUAACCUUAAUCAACGGUUUUCUCCUUCACAGUUUAAUUGGAAUUACAAAAAAACAACGAUCUGGCAACGUCGUUCCAGAACGAAAUUGUCAGAUCGUUGAAAAAGAACUUCUAACUAACGCCAUCUUUUGCCCGUCAAUAUUUGUACACCACAGUAAGGUUAAUAAUCAUUGAUAAUUGUCAAUGUCAGAUAAUGACAAACCUUUCAAAAAAAUUUGAAUUAAUUCUAAAUGGGUGUUAAAUGAAAUUAUUAAAUUAAGCAAAUAACUUUUUUUCAUCGAUUUAAAUCUUCUCUAUAUCUAUCCUACAAUAAAUUAACGAUUUAAAAUUAUAGUGCCAAAAAAUGUUUUACAAUUAGUUAUUGAAAAGGAUAACACAAACAUCUUACGACAAUGGAGGAAGAAAAGAAAGGAUUUUUCGGAAUAAUAAAUUGUCGUAUAAUUUUGGCUUUUCUUGGCGCUGUUGGUAUGGCUAUCGUGUACGGAUUAAAAGUAAAUUUAAGCAUAGCAAUCGUCGCGAUGAUAAACCACACAGCUUUGGUAAAUACUUCAGGAGACGAACACGUAACAGCAGAUGCGUGCCACUUCGAUGAUAGUAACAACGAAAAAUCUGUUUUAGCGGAUGGCCCAUUUCCUUGGUCGGCAUCGCUUCAAGGAAUCAUUUUAUCAUCUUAUUUUUGGGGUUAUUUAAUCGCUUUGUUACCGGCAGGGGUAAUCGCUGAAAAUAGCAGCGCAAAAUGGACGAUGUUUUUCGCUGUGGUUAUAAACGUCGUCUGUACUGCUCUAACACCGAUUUGUUCGCACCUUCAUUAUUCUUUGUUAGUUUUGAUGAGGGUUGCUGAAGGGAUUGGGGGAGGAGUAACGUUUCCUGCGAUGCAUGUUUUAUUGGCGAAAUGGUCUUUGCCGACUCAAAGGACGAUGAUGAGUAGCGUGGUGUAUUCGGGAACUUCGUUAGGGACGGUUUUAAGUACUUUAUUGGCGGGGGUGAUUGAAUUGCAUAUGGAUUGGGAGUGGAUUUUUUAUUUGAUGGCUAUUGGGAGCGCAAUUUGGAUACCGUUGUGGGUUGUUUUGGUGCAUGAUAACCCGAAUAAAUCGCCGAUUGUUACGGAAAAGGAAAAAAAAAUGAUUAACGACGCUUUGGGAGAUACCGAGCAUACCGGAAAGAAAUUUCCGAUUAAAGCGGUUUUUUCAUCGUUACCUUUUUGGGCUAUCUUAAUAGCGCAUACUUGCAGUAAUUGGGGAUGGUACAUGAUCCUUAUUAUACUUCCGUUGUAUUUGAGGGAUAUUGUGCGGCUAAAUGUUAUGGUCACCGCAAAAUGGAUUGCGAUUGCGUUCUUCGGUAUGUGGUUGUUUAGUUUGGGUUUUGGUACGCUCAUGGAUACGCUCCGGAAAAAGGAAAAAAUCAGCACAACUGUCGCAAGGAAAAUAGCAACUAUAAUAAGUUGUGCUAUUCCUGGAGGUUGUUUCGUUGCGUUAUGUUUCAUCGGAUGUAACAGGUGGUUAGCGAUUGUUUUAACUUGUACGGCUAUUAUAACAAUCGCUGGAAUGUUUUCGGGAUUUCUUUCAAAUCAUAUCGAUAUAGCCCCGAAUCACGCUGGCACUUUAGUUGCUAUCACAAAUUUUGUUGCAACCUUCCCCGGAAUUAUUGUUCCAGUUUUUGCGGGAGCUUUAAGGGAAAUCGAUCCCGGAAUGUUUUCUUGGAGAAUUAUAUUCCUCUCCACAUCCACAUUAUCCGCUGUAGCAGUUUGUGUGUACACCAUUUUCGCGUCAGGAAAUGAACAACCUUGGAAUAAUGAUUAAAAAUUAAUGUAUUAGUAUGUAUUAGGAUAAAUCAUCAUUUUUUUUA